CUGAACAGUCUCGAUUGAAGUUUUGUACCGAGCGUCAUUGUGGUCUCAUAAUUUUACGAGUUAAUAUCUAUUUCAUUUAUAGUGUGAUAUGCUAACUUCAUUAAAGUUAUGAUCCCUGACAGAAUAAAAUUUAACCCUGACAUCAUUAAAAUCGUUUCUUAUGACGGUUUUAUUUGACGUUAAUUUCCACGUGGUGAGGUGUUCUUCAGAACAGAAGUCGUCAGAACGUCAUAAUCAGUCGACGUGUAAAUACCUCUCCGUGUAGUACUCGACCGCGUUUUACUUCGAAAUGGAGUCCUUGAACAUGUCGGCGCUCAACCUGUCGAGUGUGAGGAGCCAUACAUCAAAAGAAAAAGCCACGAAGGAUAUUCCAUCAGAGGCCAGGGUGGAACUCGGUCCGAUGUACGAACCUGAUGAUUACCAUUGCGAAUACACAGAAGACAUAUGGAAGAGUUUGCUGGAACAGGACGCUGAAAAGCCACGGAUACAUCUCCAGUCGCCGCAGUUGGAGUUCAGAGGUGCCCUGGUCCAGCAGUUGCGUGACGUCACCAAAAAGCUUCAACUGAACAUAGCCACCCUCCAUUCGGCUGUCGCUUUUUUGGACCGUUUCAUGGACGCAUACAGACUGAGAUCUGAUAGGCUGACGCAUGUGGCCCUGGCUUGUCUCAGCUUAGCUGCUAAAAGUGAAGAAAAAUUCAGUCAGGCGCCCACACUGAGCGCGUUGGAGAUGAUAAGUGAUAUGGAGCUAUGCGGGAAGACCUUCAGGCAGCUAGAGUGGAUGGUCGGGCAGCACAUGCGGUGGAGGCUGCUAUCGCCAACGGCUGUGACCUUCGCGGCUCUGUUGGCAAAGUACGUGGUCACAGACGCUGAUUUGACCACGAGACAUCCCAAAUUUGUGAGGAGGUUCAAACGGGACGGAGCUAAACUGCUCGACUCUUAUUUGGAUUUAACUCUGUCUGACGUGCGGCUCAAGGCCAUCGAGUCGGUGGACGUGGGCUGCGCGUGCGUCGCGUGCGCGCGCGCCGCGCUCGGGCUGGCGGGCUGGCCGGGCUGGCUGGCGGCGCUGGCGGGCCGCCGCCCGGCCGACAUCCUGCCCGUCGCGAAGCUGUUGCACAAAAUGAUGGAAGCGAUGAAAUCCAAAGACAAUCCGGACAAUUCAAAUACGGAUUGCCCCGUAUGUUCCUCGCAACAAGUCACAUCAACAACAACACGCAACUACCUCAACGAAACGACAGAUUACACCGUAUUAGAUCUGUCCAAUCCGGAAUAUUGCAGGCUGACCGGACUGGAAAGGUAUAUGAGAGUGAAUAGAUUAUUAGAUCCUAAUGUAGCGGUGCAACCCAGCACUAGUGUGGCUGUGAGACGUAGUGUCAAUAAUAAUGAUAUAGAAAUAGAGCGUAAGAGGUAUCGCUUGUCCGCACAAAUGUCCCAAGUGGUUCUCUGAUUGGUACUAGUCUCUGUUUAAUGGUGGAUAGGAAUUGUUAAGACCACGAGGAGAUCUCCUGCCCGUUGGCCUGACCAAGUGAAACAUGUAACGGUACUUGCUAUAGCCACUGCCCUGGAAAAUGCCGAAGACAGAACAGCCUGGAAACAGUUUGUUAGCGAAUACGUCUUAAGUGUUUCAUGACCUUCAGUAAUGAAGAGCAUGAUUAAGAAAAAGAAGAAAUUGUGAUUAUAUUUCCAAGCUUGAAUUUUAAAAACUUCAAUUACAAAUUAACGCGUACAUUUUUUUUACCAGCAAUCCUUAUUUGUAAUAAUGCAAUUCGCCUAUUAGUAAAAAUCAAUUUUAUCAUUAAAAUCUUACAAUUUUAUUGAAUUUUCGCUGUUAUCAAAAGUUAUUUAAAUUCACAAUUUGUAACUGAGACAGUUGGCUAUUAACAUAAAAGAGACAAAGUUUCAACAAGAGAUUUCUCAAAUAAUAUCUUAAUUGACUAUUCUAUCCACCAUUAAUCCAUAUUCAUGAAAGCUAUGUUAUAUAAAAGACUGCAGUUACACGACAAAGGAAUACAAAUACAUAGUUGAAUUUUCUAGACGGGUUUGAAGUAAAAACAUAUUGAACUGAAAGGGACUUAGGUUCAUACAGAGAUGCUGGCUCUCUGUCUACCCUGUAUGUGAUAAAGACGUGAUAGUAAUAUUAGUCCUAAUGUUAUAGGUCAUAUGGUCCUUUUCAGUUUAAUAUGUUGCCCUUUAUCCUAGUAUUUUCAUCUCAUUCAUGAAUAUGGACCCGAAUAAUCGAUCGAACGAAUAUAAAUCGAUUGAAUUAGUAUAAUUUCUUGUAUUCCAAAUGUUUGGUGUAAAUUAAUUUAUUACUUAGCUUUCCCUUCCAGUACUAAGGGACCUUGAUAUGUGAUAAUUAAAAAAAUAUGGCGGUUGAUCUGCCUUCGGAGUCAUUUCGGGAAUCCCUGGUGUACCAAUAACAAUACCGAUAACAUUUAAUUUAAAUUCCAUCAAUAAAUGAAAUGAAAUGAAUUUUAUUUUUAUUAACAUUUGAAAUGAAUCCCUGGUGUAGGUCUUACAGUUAACGCAAAGCAUAUUGUAAAUACAGUAAAAUAUCUUCAGUUUAUGAAACUGACACUGGCCUAAUAAAUAGAAUAAAAUUAAAAAGUUCAAGGUAAAAUUAUUUACCGUUUUUGACAUUGACAUACAAUAUAUUUUUUUAAGCUUAUUCCACCGAUCACUUUUUCCGUAUUCUAGAUUCUGUAAAAUAACAAGGUUCCUUUUAAUACUGUUGAAGUAGCAAUAAUAUAAUUACGAGGUUAUAAAUUGCUUCAUCGUAAAGCAAAACCAUUAGUUAGGAAUUUAUGAAAUGCUAGUAACGCCAUCUUGAAAUCGCUUAAUAGAUUUUUUACUUUAUUUUUUAUUGGCCGAAAUUAGGGGCUGUUUUUUAAGAUGGUGUUACGACUUUUCUUAAUUACGUACAUCGAUGUAACGAAACUGAUUAAUGGAUCUUUCAACUGCCAUCAUAUUAUAUAUUUCUAUUAUAAUAUUUCUUGUUAUUUGGCCCACUUUUAUAUAAAAACCUUUCUAAAGUUCUGAACCUUCAUAAGUUUGCCUUUAGAGAAAGCAAUGACCACAUAGGGCGGUACCAUUGUUGAUAAAAUUCACGGUGGUCAGACAUAAAUCGCUCCGUGUAAUAAUAAUAACCUACCCCUUUUUUACAUAACUUACAUUUUAUCUCUAAAAAUCAUGUUUAUAUUUAGGAUCUGUUACACAAUUUUGUUACUAGUAAAUGUAUGUAAUUAAAAUAUGAUUGCCAAAGUAAUUGUCAGUCAUUUGUAUUAAUAUUUUAUCUUAAGAUGAUAAAGAAAUCAAAUAAUUGUGACAUGUAGUAAUGUCACACUAACUAUACGGCGUUCUAAGACUUCUUAUUUAUUGGAGUAAAAUUCUGAAAUUUAACGUCUCUGUCGUUUCUACCUACCUACCUCUUGUUAAAAGCGCAUUUUUAACGCCACAAUUUGAAACUAGAUGGCGUUGUGUUAGACAGCUGUCAAAUCGAAUAGAAUGCCCGUACUGUAAACUAGAAUAAUGUUUUUAACUAUGUCCAAAAUAGCGUAAUGUAUAGGACAAAUAGUUUUAUGUUGUUUAUUGAGGAGUGUUUUGGAUGGAGCGCGGUUGUGAUUAUGAUCUAUUGUUUUAAUUUAUUAUCUUGUUAGCAACUCAGUUUCGUGUUUAGUCAAGUUUAGUUUUAGUCUU